AUGGCUACAGUAACAAGUACAAACUGUAGUGUGUGUGAAUCACAGUACAUUGUUAAAACUGCUGUGAAGUGGUGUUUCGAGUGUGAUGAAGCAUUUUGUCCCGAUUGCCUUAAGUACCAUAGCAACGUUAAGUCAACAAAAGGUCACGCUGUUAUUGAUGUAAGUGAUUUAAAAGAAUUGCCUGAAUUCGUACUGAAAAUAAAGCAGCAUUGUGAUGACCAUGAAGCGCUUUUCCAGAACUAUUGCUUAAGUCAUGAACGACCAUGUUGUAGGAAAUGCAUUAAUUCGACGCAUAAGAACUGUACAGAUAUGCCACCUCUAGAUGAUGUCAUCAAAGAUGCUCGCAAGUCAACAGCAGUAAAAGACAUUCAAGAACGUUUACAGAACCUAAAAGAGUAUCAUGAGCGUCUCUUUCAUGAAAAAGAGGAAAAUGCAAAAGAAAUAAAGACGCAAUCAAAGACCAUAAUGGAGCAUGUUAAGUCCAUCCGACUUAAAUUGAAUCAGCAUUUAGAUCGGUUAGAAAGAGAAUUUCUUGAGAAGGUAUCCGAUCUUGAGAAAAAUGCACUGCAAAAUAUAGAGAGAAUUUCUAGAGAUAUGAAAGAUAAGGGAGACCGAACAGAUGAAUUAAACAAAUGCCUAAUAAAAAUGCAAAAUCAUGCGUCAGAACUUCAGAUAUUUCUCGGAACCAAGGAAUUCGAAUUUGAAAUAAGUACGCAGGAAAAAGAGAUCGAAGAAUUAACCAAAGAUCAUUCGUUUGACAUACGACGCAUUCUUUUCAAAGAAAAUAUUAAACUUUCAGAUUUCACAUCUGAUAUUUGUUCUUUCGGUGAUAUUGCAUUAGAGACGAAACCCUCAAUAAUAAGUUACACGACGCCUAAAGAACACCAGGCACAGAUCUCAAUUGAGGGAAGAAAAUUUGAUGAUAUCAAACUAAAACUGGUGGCAGCAUUCAACUUCGAGGUAAAAAUGUCCAUGUUCGGAUUUGCUAUUUUGGAAAAUGGUAAUGCAUGUUAUACUGAUUUUAUAUCAAAAACCUUAAAUGUUAACAACCCUAACGGAGUUUUGUUACACUCGAUUGUUCUCCCUCAGACACCAUAUGACAUAGUGGUUGUCAACGCUGUAACGCUGUAA